UAUAAAAUAAUUUAUCUGUUUUUUUAUUACAGAACUAGGAGAUAGUUUCAAGGAACAUUUGAAAGCAUACAAAGAGCGAUAAAAAUUUCUUUCAAUCGACCACUAACAGCGACAUAGACUGCAACACAUCAUAAUUUUGAUUUGCCAUGUCUAACAUGAUUCAUUUGAUUGCCACGUAUUGCGUGAUGUGUGAUGUCACGUAAACAUUAUACAAAAGUGAUAUUGUCAUUUUAAUACUGUUCGACAUUUUAACUUUUCUUCAAAAUUUAUUGAUUCGUUUUAUUGAUAUUAAUCAGUACAGAAAAAAAUUGAUAUGAAAAAUAUUGACCUCUGAACUUAAAAACCUGUAUUACAAAGUUUUACUGGAAAUUCUAAUGAUUAUUAUCAUUGUUCCUUAUAGAAACUUUUUAAACUCUGAUGUAAAUAGCUACCUAAGUGAAACUCUAGGAUUGAAAUGUGAAUAUAAAUCUCGUACAUAUCUGUAAAUAGUAACAGAUAUAGUUUUCUUAUAUUAGCAAAGGUUCAUUGUUUUCCCUCCUUAUAAUUGUAAAUGAACAAAGUUACCGAAUAUUCAAAGUAUGCUAUAGAAUAUUUAAAUAACUGUGCUGAAGAUUGUCAGUCAUUCUAUACACAAAAAUUUUAACUGUUUUAGUAAAAUUAUUUACUAUUGUUAAACAAUUGUAUGUACACAAUUUUUCUAUUAAUUCAAUGUUUAUAAUAUUAAAUAUUUGUCCAUUAAAUAUUAUUACAGAAAACAUAGAUGAUUCAAUUUUGCUUGGUAUGUCAUGUAAAUUAUUCAAUUCUUGAAAGUCUAACGUCAUAUUAAUUAAUACUUAUAUUCGUUCUAAACUUGAUAUUUUUUCAAACCCUAACAAUCUGUUUUAUUAAAAAAUUUUAAUAUUGGCAUUAACAUGUUACAGAUUUAAUUAAAAAUGACUGCCCAGGUAUGUUAAAUUAAAUUUUUUUUUUAUAAAUGUAAUCUUUUUCUAGAGCCAAUGUACAAUAAUAAUUGUAGUCAAAUAAUUGUAAAAAUUCCGAAGGUUUACGUUUGCCUAUUUUUGAAGAUCUUUAUUUGAUAACAAUUUCUACUAGAACAAAGAUACAUUUACAUUAACUAUGAUUUUAAUUUUGUUACAGAAUUUGAAAACACAAUAAGGGCCAAUUUCACCAAGCACGAUUAAAAGUUAAUUAAUUAUUAAAGCCUGUUUAACCGCUCACGAUUAGUCCGUUUAAUUUUGAUUUUGAUUAACUUUUAAUCGUUGAUGGUGAUAUUGACCAUGAAUGUGUCAGGUAUAGAGCUUUUAUGCAGUUCAUUUUCUCCAGAAAAAUUGAGGAUUUUAGAAUCAUUUUUAACUGAAGAAGUUCCAUGCCGACAAAUAGUUUCACAGUUGGGUUUACCAGUAGAUGAAGACAACAAGCAUACACAGGGAAAACAUUUUCCAUAUAAAGAAAAAGAGGGGAAGGUUGAGUUAUGGCCUGAGUCUAAUGUUUGGAUAGAUAAACAUAAGCGAGAUGAAAUUAUGGAAUUCAAUUAUAAGAAACCAGGAAUAAUAAUGAAAGAUGUUUUGGAAAAUUUAAUUGGUGAAAAUAAAUUACACUUGUUUUCAAGUAAAUUAGAAGAUCCAAAGAAACUUCCUAUACAUGUAAAAAAUGCUACCUUUCAAUUUAUAAAGAAUUAUUUUAAAACUAAGAAUAUUGAUUUAAAAGAUAGUUCUUUAAGCCAAACGUUAAGUUACUUUCUACGAAGAGGAAUAAAAUGCUUAUAUACAGAUAAACAUAAGCGAGAUGAAAUGAUGAAAUUGCAUUUUAAGCAUCCAGGAACAUUAAUAAAAAAUAUUUUAGAAAAUUUAAUUGGUAUAAAUGAAUUACACUUGUUUUCAAGUAGAUUACAAUAUCCAAAGAAACUUCCUGCAAAUGUUAGAGAAGCUAUCUUUCAAUUUGUGAAGAAUCAUUUUAAAACUAAGAAUAUUGAUUUAAAAGAUAGUUCUUUAAGAAAAACGUUAAGUGACUUUCUACGAAGAGGAUUGAAUCGUUUAUCAAUAGAAAAAAAAUACGACAAGCCAAUACAGGGAGAACAGUUUCCAUAUGAAGAAAAAGAGGGGAAGGUUGAGUUAUGGCCUGAAUCUAAUGUUUGGAUAGAUAAACAUAAGCUAGAUGAAAUGAUGAAAUUUGAUUAUAAGAAAGCAGGAAUAUUAAUGAGAAAUGUUUUGGAAAAUUUAAUUGGUAAAAAUGAAUUGCACUUGUUUUCAAGUAAAUUAGAAUAUCCAAAGAAACUUCCUGCAAAUGUUAGAGAAGCUAUCUUUCGUGAGUUCUUAAAAAAUAUAAACUUCUUUGCUCUACUUAAAUCAAUAAAGCAACAAUUUCUAUUACUAAGUGUGAAAUGUCUAAUGAUAAAAAUUUAUGUCUUUAGAUUUUAUAAAGAAUUAUUUUGAAACUAAGAAGAUUGAUUUAAGUGGUAGGUCUGUAGAACAGGCCUUAUAUCACAUUCUACAAACAGUAUAGUGAAAUGAUUACAUACAG